AUGGACAAAGAGUGUGGAUGGUCAGAGGCCUGUGGACGCAGGAGCCCAGGGGGUGACACGGUGCCCUCUGCAUCCCACAAGCAGUCCCUCCUCGGGGCAGAGACUCUCAGUCGAGCUCCAGGACCACGGGGAGGACCAGGCCUCAGCGGAGGGGUCAACCUCAGCACCCCCCGUACCCCCCCCUCCUCAGCACCCCCGUACCCCCUCCUCAGCACUCCCCGUACCCCCCCUCCUCAGCACCCCCCGUACCCCCCUCCUCAGCACCCCCCGUACCCCCCUCCUCAGCACCCCCGUACCCCCCUCCUCAGCACCCCCCCGUACCCCCCCUCCUCAGCACCCCCGUACCCCCCCCUCCUCAGCACUCCCCCGUACCCCCCUCCUCAGCACCCCCGUACCCCCCUCCUCAGCACCCCCCAGCUGGCUGCCAGGAAACAGGGCUUAGUCACCUUCAUACUGUGUCACCACCACCACCAUCUGCCAGUUCCCCCCCAGGGCACCAGCCAGGUGCUGGGCACAACGCUCUCACCCCUCCUCCCCCGUGCCACGCUCUCACCCCUCCUCCCCCGUGCCACACUCUCACCUGUCCUGCCACACUCUCACCUCUCCUGCCACACUCUCACCCCUCCUCCCCCGUCUCACCCCUGUCCCCAGAGGCAGGGUCUCCAGGGUCUCCAGGGUCUCCAGGGUCCCCAGAGGCAGGGUCUCCAGGGUCUCCAGAGGCAGGGUCCCCAGAGGCAGGGUCUCCAGGGUCUCCAGGGUCUCCAGGGUCUCCAGGGUCUCCAGAGGCAGGGUCUCCAGGGUCUCCAGGGUCUCCAGGGUCUCCAGGGUCUCCAGGGUCUCCAGAGGCAGGGUCUCCAGGGUCUCCAGGGUCUCCAGGGUCUCCAGGGUCUCCAGGGUCUCCAGGGUCUCCAGGGUCCCCAGAGGCAGGGUCUCCAGAGGCAGGGUCUCCAGAGGCAGGGUCUCCAGGGUCUCCAGAGGCAGGGUCCCCAGAGGCAGGGUCUCCAGGGUCUCCAGGGUCUCCAGGGUCUCCAGGGUCUCCAGAGGCAGGGUCUCCAGGGUCUCCAGAGGCAGGGUCUCCAGGGUCUCCAGAGGCAGGGUCUCCAGGGUCUCCAGAGGCAGGGUCCCCAGAGGCAGGGUCCCCAGGGUCUCCAGAGGCAGGGUCUCCAGGGUCUCCAGAGGCAGGGUCUCCAGGGUCUCCAGGGUCUCCAGGGUCUCCAGGGUCUCCAGGGUCUCCAGAGGCAGGGUCUCCAGGGUCUCCAGAGGCAGGGUCUCCAGAGUCUCCAGGGUCUCCAGGGUCUCCAGGGUCUCCAGGGUCUCCAGGGUCCCCAGAGGCAGGGUCUCCAGGGUCUCCAGGGUCUCCAGAGGCAGGGUCUCCAGGGUCUCCAGGGUCUCCAGGGUCUCCAGGGUCCCCAGGGGCAGGGUCUCCAGGGUCUCCAGGGUCUCCAGAGGCAGGGUCUCCAGAGGCAGGGUCUCCAGGGUCUCCAGAGGCAGGGUUCCCAGGUUCUCCAGGGUCUCCAGGGUCUCCAGAGGCAGGGUCCCCAGAGGCAGGGUCCCCAGGGUCUCCAGGGUCUCCAGAGGCAGGGUCCCCAGAGGCAGGGUCCCCAGGGUCUCCAGAGGCAGGGUCCCCAGAGGCAGGGUCCCCAGGGUCUCCAGAGGCAGGGUCCCCAGAGGCAGGGUCCCCAGAGGCAGGGUCCCCAGGGUCUCCAGAGGCAGGGUCUCCAGAGGCAGGGUCCCCAGGGUCUCCAGAGGCAGGGUCCCCAGAGGCAGGGUCCCCAGGGUCUCCAGGGUCUCCAGAGGCAGGGUCCCCAGGGUCUCCAGGGUCUCCAGAGGCAGGGUCCCCAGAGGCAGGGUCCCCAGGGUCUCCAGAGGCAGGGUCCCCAGAGGCAGGGUCCCCAGGGUCUCCAGGGUCUCCAGGGUCUCCAGGGUCUCCAGAGGCAGGGUCCCCAGGGUCUCCAGGGUCUCCAGGGUCCCCAGAGGCAGGGUCUCCAGAGGCAGGGUCCCCAGAGGCAGGGUGUCCAGGGUCUCCAGGGUCUCCAGGGUCCCCAGAGGCAGGGUCUCCAGAGGCAGGGUCCCCAGAGGCAGGGUCCCCAGGGGUCUCCAGAGGCAGGGUCCCCAGAGGCAGGGUCCCCAGGGUCUCCAGAGGCAGGGUCCCCAGAGGCAGGGUCCCCAGGGUCUCCAGGGUCUCCAGGGUCUCCAGAGGCAGGGUCCCUAGGGUCUCCAGGGUCUCCAGGGUCUCCAGAGGGUCUCCAGAGGCAGGGUCCCCAGAGGCAGGGUCUCCAGGGUCUCCAGAGUCAGGGUCCCCAGGGUCUCCAGGGUCUCCAGGGUCUCCAGGGUCUCCAGGGUCUCCAGAGGCAGGGUCCCCAGGGUCUCCAGGGUCUCCAGGGUCUCCAGAGGCAGGGUCUCCAGAGGCAGCGUCUCCAGAGGCAGGGUCUCCAGGGUCUCCAGAGGCAGGGUCUCCAGAGGCAGGGUCCCCAGGGUCUCCAGAGGCAGGGUCUCCAGGGUCUCCAGAGGCAGGGUCCCCAGGGUCUCCAGGGUCUCCAGGGUCUCCAGAGGCAGGGUCUCCAGGGUCUCCAGAGGCAGGGUCUCCAGAGGCAGGGUCCCCAGAGGCAGGGUCUCCAGGGUCCCCAGAGGCAGGGUCUCCAGAGGCAGGGUCUCCAGAGGCAGGGUCUCCAGGGUCUCCAGAGGCAGGGUCCCCAGAGGCAGGGUCUCCAGGGUCUCCAGGAUCUCCAGGGUCUCCAGAGGCAGGGUCUCCAGGGUCUCCAGAGGCAGGGUCCCCAGAGGCAGGGUCUCCAGGGUCUCCAGGGUCUCCAGGGUCUCCAGGGUCUCCAGAGGCAGGGUCUCCAGGGUCUCCAGGGUCCCCAGGGUCUCCAUGGUCCCCAGGGUCUCCAGGGUCUCCAGGGUCUCCAGGGUCUCCAGAGGCAGGGUCUCCAGAGGCAGGGUCUCCAGAGGCAGGGUCUCCAGGGUCUCCAGGGUCCCCAGAGGCAGGGUCUCCAGGGUCUCCAGAGGCAGGGUCUCCAGGGUCUCCAGAGGCAGGGUCUCCAGGGUCUCCAGAGGCAGGGUCCCCAGAGGCAGGGUCCCCAGGGUCUCCAGGGUCUCCAGGGUCUCCAGAGGCAGGGUCCCCAGGGUCUCCAGGGUCUCCAGGGUCCCCAGAGGCAGGGUCUCCAGAGGCAGGGUCCCCAGAGGCAGGGUCCCCAGGGUCUCCAGAGGCAGGGUCCCCAGGGUCUCCAGGGUCUCCAGGGUCUCCAGAGGCAGGGUCCCCAGGGUCUCCAGGGUCUCCAGGGUCCCCAGAGGCAGGGUCUCCAGAGGCAGGGUCCCCAGAGGCAGGGUCCCCAGGGUCUCCAGAGGCAGGGUCCCCAGGGUCUCCAGGGUCUCCAGGGUCUCCAGAGGCAGGGUCCCCAGGGUCUCCAGGGUCUCCAGGGUCCCCAGAGGCAGGGUCUCCAGAGGCAGGGUCCCCAGAGGCAGGGUCUCCAGGGUCUCCAGAGGCAGGGUCCCCAGGGUCUCCAGGGUCUCCAGGGUCUCCAGAGGCAGGGUCCCCAGGGUCUCCAGGGUCUCCAGGGUCUCCAGAGGCAGGGUCCCCAGAGGCAGGGUCUCCAGGCUCUCCAGAGGCAGGGUCUCCAGAGGCAGGGUCCCCAGAGGCAGGGUCUCCAGAGGCAGGGUCUCCAGGGUCUCCAGAGGCAGGGUCUCCAGGGUCUCCAGGGUCUCCAGAGGCAGGGUCUCCAGAGGCAGGGUCUCCAGAGGCAGGGUCUCCAGAGGCAGGGUCCCCAGAGGCAGGGUCUCCAGGGUCCCCAGAGGCAGGGUCUCCAGAGGCAGGGUCUCCAGGGUCCCCAGAGGCAGGGUCUCCAGGGUCUCCAGGGUCUCCAGAGGCAGGGUCUCCAGAGGCAGGGUCUCCAGAGGCAGGGUCCCCAGGGUCUCCAGGGUCUCCAGGGUCCCCAGAGGCAGGGUCUCCAGAGGCAGGUUCUCCAGAGGCAGGGUCCCCAGGGUCUCCAGAGGCAGGGUCCCCAGAGGCAGG